AAGAGGAACGAAUUAAAACUGAAGUAAGCCUACCAAGAGAGGAAAUCAAUGUUGUAGAGACUGAGUCCAAAAUGCCAAUGCAAAUACAAAAGCAGGUUGAUGACGGAUUUAAAGACGGAAUUUAUUACAAGAAACAAGGUUUGGGAGAAUGGCACAUAGGAGAGGAGACAUUCAACAUAUGGGAUUAUGGAGGUCAGGUGAUCUACCAUGGAAUACAUAAAAUCUUCAUGACAUUCAUGGCGGUUUAUAUUGUGGUAUUCAAUCUUGACGCCGGCCUUGAUGAACAUGCUAUGGUUCAAGAUUCAUCAGGGAAGAAGUACCCUCAUCACUUGACCAAUCUUGAGUUCAUAAUAUAUUGGAUCCAGUCAGUUUACACACAUAGCCGUCAAUUAAUAGAUGACAUAGAACGAGAGAUUGAUUUACCUGCUAUCGUUCUCGUGGGCACCCACCGCGAUUCCCUUGGUGACAAUGAAGAAGAAAGAAAACGCAAGGUAGAGGAGGUGUUUACCAAAAUAAGUAACGCACUGGAAGGAGCACCAUACGAAUCACACGUUUACCAUGAAUAUUUUGAUAUCGAACACAACUGUCCAGAAAUACAUAAAAAUGUUUUCAAGCUAAAGAAUGUACUUGAGGAUCUUAUGAAAACAUUGGUCAAGCCUGUUCCGUUGAAAUGGAUGCAUUUCCGAUGUGAAUUACAGCAGUUACGAAACGAAAAACUAGUUUGUUCAUUGCAAAAGGUUAAAGAACUGGCUACUACGUGUGGAAUAGAUGACGAAGACGACGAAGACAAAGACAAACAACUGAAUGUUCUAUUGAACUUCUUAUAUGAUCUUGGUGAGAUAAUUUACAUGCCAGACAACGAUGCUUUAAAAGAUAAAGUGAUUCUAGAUCCGAUGGAAUUUGUCGGCGUCGUCAAAACAGUUAUCACCGUCAUUCCACCAAAAUUACGGACCGCCAAGUUUAAAGCGUCAAUGAGAAAACUUGACAUGAAGGGCAUAUUAGAAGAAGGGUUACUCAGAAACCUUUGGAGAAAGAGUGAUAUUGAUUUGAACAACUUUGAAACGUUUGUAGAGUUGAUGAAGCAGUUUAGUUUUCUUUGUGACAGAAAGACUUCUGAGGCCUCAGAUGAAGCUCGUUCUUUCUUUGUUCCAUUGCGACUUGCACUUGAACACACGUCAUCCGAUAAAAAGAGACAGGUAGAUAGUUAUGGGACGCGCGCUAUCAGUAUUUACCACGGUUUCUGUGGCUACCUGCCUGACGAGUUGUUUCCAAUGAUAGUCACUGAGUUUAUUAACACGUUUGAAGGAGAAACAGACCCAGAACUGGCACAUGAUCGUGCAGAACUCUACUUUGAUCAACAUCAUCAUGUAGUUUUGUCUGUAGUCACGUUCAACCGAAAACGAAUACUUAAGACAACACUUAUAAGAAGAGAAGCAAUCAAUGAAGCAAAGAUAAGCCUGGACCGAGAACCUUCUUCGGAAGCAUGCAAAACUGUUUUGAAUUUUCUUGAGGAGUCAUUCAAGCGUUCCCAACAGGGCAGUAGAAGAGGAAUCAAAUAUGAACGAUGUAUUCCUUGUUUCUGUAGCAAGAAUUCUACUGAGAAUGUACACAUUCAAACGCUGGGAAAGUUUGAGAAGGACAUGCUUCCAUGCGGAAGAGAGGGAAUGCAUGUUGUACGUUACAAACGACUAUUUGGAGAUCGAAGUGUAGCAGCACCGAAGGAGGAGGCAUAUGCUAAAGGUUUUGGAGUAGAGGAGUCAAAAUUUGCGGCAAUACUUGUAAUGAUCUCAAAUGAUAUCGAAGACCUAACGAUUUGGAAAGUAGCACUCAGUGAUCACAUUAAGAAUGCUGACACUUUACAGAAGGCAAAACGCGCUAUUCAUCUGUUUGAUGCAUUGAUUGACAGUGAAGAUCUAAAAGCCUGGGAUAUUGCAUUCCUCCUAGAGACCAUCAAACUAACAAAUGUACUUCGUCUGCGCAAACACAUCCCAAACUGUCCAUGCCUUAAAAAUAUAAAGAUCACUUACUUCUCAAUGUUCAGGCAAUCUGUGAUGGAUUUUGGAAUGGAUCUUACAGAACAUGACAUUGGUUCAAUUGCUUUCAGAUAUAAGUCUAAGCUUCAUCGUCACAAGUACGGUAGUGACAAAUGGUCACUGAUAAUGGACUUAGAAAGAAGCCUAAUUUUGGCUGACGAUGAUUUGUCAUUUGAGGAUUUCAAAUUAAGCUUAGAGCAGAUGGAACUUGGGCGACUGAACAAGUGGCUAAAGCGCUAGUGUAAAUUAUUGUUCUAACAAACUUGUAAAUAAUCAAUACAGGAACAGCGCGCAACAAUAUUAGAUGUCCAACGAAUCCUUCCUGUCAAUCAAGCUUAACUACUGACCAAUAAGAACAUGUUAAUUAAUAGCCAGAAAUAUGCGCAUGUCCCAAAAACGUUUACAUUACGUUCUCGUUAUGUGGGAUCUUAGAAACAAUCACCAAGAUUUUACUAUUCCGCUCUACUUUUCAGAUAAUGUGCUUUGAAAAAAAGCUAUAUAAUUUUGUGUGCGCCAAGGCUUCAUUGAAAUGUAUUCUUUAAUUUAUCCUAUUUUAAACUAUAAUGACAUGCUGUAUGAAAAUUAAUCUGGCUUCAAACCAGGAUACUCAACAGCCACCACAAUGCUAAAAACAGAAGGCUGGCUAAAUUAUAUUGAUAAAGGAAAAUAUAUAGGACUAAGAAUAUUCUAAUCAACAAACUUAAAUCCUUCCUUCUUCAUAACAAUGUUAUCAACUGGUUCAAUAACUACCGUAUCUCUGAAACCGUAUUCAUAUUACUAGUGUAAAUUGGGCUAGCUCUGAAUACAGCACCUGAGGAAUCCCACAGGAGUCAAUACUGGGACCUCUCUUAUAUGUUAAUGAAUCACCCACAUGUAUGCUGAUGAUAACCACAAUUUAUUACUGUACAUAGAUGAAGAUAUUGAAUAUCCAACAAUUGAUAAUGAUAUGAUAAACAUUAAAAGAUGGCUCAUAUAUAUUAAGCUAAAAAGUUUGAAUAUAAAGAAACAUUUAAUAUUUGAUAAUAGGCACUAGGCAAAAACUAUCUAAUAUAUCUGAUGUACUAAUUAAUAUAAACAUAGAUGGAGACUCAAUCACCCAUGUUGCAGUAGUAAACAUCUUUGUGUAGUUAUAGAUAAAAAUCUGUCCUGGUGCUCCCAGAUAGACCAUGUAAAAAGCAAGGCUCCGCAAAGCCUAUAUUAUCUGAAAAAAGCUAAUCAAAAUCUUCCAAAUGCAAACUUUUUUUUCUAUGCAAACUGCAUAAAUCACUUAUGGCUUCCCAUGUUGAAUAUUGUCAUGUCAUAUGGGGGACUUUCAAAUAACACUCAAAGCAAAGAGCUCCAAAUACUCCAAAACUUGCAGCUAAAACAAUUACAAAAACAUCAAGAAGUGACUCCCAGUACACAAGCUCUGCAAAACCUUAAAUGAAAGAACUUGGACGAAAGACUGUUCUUAAAUGAGGCCAUCACUAUGUAUAAGAUUAUGAAUAAACUUGCACCUUCUUAUUUAUGCAACAAAUUUAUUAUCGGAGAUAAUUAGUACAAAAUUAGAAGUAAACCAAAAUUACUAUUACCAAACCAAGAUCUGAUUAUAAAAAUAGGCUUAUCAGGUAGGGGUGCAAACAUGUAGAAUGGUAUUAGUGAAGACCUAAAAAAUGUUAUAAAUGUCAAUUUUUUUUUUAAUUGCUACCAUGUAAACACCUAUUUCUUGUUCAUCCAUUGUGAUAUUGCAUUUCUGUUUACAACUAUAUAUUAGCUAAUGAUUUUGAUUUUAAGUUUAGUUUUUAAUUAAGGUUCAGUAAGUGCCUUUUAGAUAAUUUUUUUCAUUUUAUGUUUUUAUGAUUUAGAUAGAAGGCAGACAUUUUGUAACCGUAACCUAUGUCUUUCAUGAUGCUCUACUGCGAGUGCUUUGCAAUCAGGACAUUUCGUAACCAAGGCAUUCCAGGUCUCAAAGUGUCUAGUUGCGAGGUAUCCGUGGCAGUCACUGGGGAUCUGGGUUUUUGGAGGGUCCUAGUUACAGAAUGUCGACAUUUCCAUAUGGAAUAAUCGUUGUAUAAAUGUAAUUUUUGGUUUUCUUUAAGUUGUACAGUUAACUAAAUAUUAGCCUUAUGCUACUGUUUUUUAAAUUGCUUUCAAAUCUGUAAAUUUUAUUUUGUUAAUUUGUUGUUUCUCCUUCACGGACUUGAAGAACAACUAUUGUUGAAACAAGAUUUCCAGUGCUAAAAUAAAGCUAAUUAUUAUUAUAAUUAUAAUUAUUAUAGUCUUUAUGUAAUGUAUUACCCAUAUAGCAUUUUAUAGCCCAGUGAAUUGCUUAACCUAAAUAUAAUGCACCAAUACUUAUAAUUUGCAAAUAUAAAAAAUAUUAUGUCACAUAUGCUCAUUUCAUUGUG